AUGAAGAUGGAGAACAUUCCCGCUGCUAAAAAGUUAGCCCAGGUCAACAAUUUAAAACCAAUAGUCAAUAAUGUACGACAAGACACAGCAGAGUUGGCAGUAUAUGCUCUUUCUGAUCGGCGCUCCAUGCGGAACCUCUCUCCUGCCUCGAGGCAACGAAAAAUAUAUCUAGGUCCAGAAGAGAACCCCUCACUGGGGCCGAAUUUUAAUGACUUGAUGAGUAAAAGUCAGGAGAGCUCUUAUUUAAAAGUAACCGAUGGGAUGACAGAGUCUAUGAUAUCAAGGGCUAGAACAUUAAAUACUGAAAAUCAUGGAAAAAGUUCAAUUAGGAAUGGACUUCGAUGUUAUCUAUCUCGAAAUUUACAAUGUGACGAAAUGAACAAACCAGGAACAAGACCAAUGGCAUAUACCAGCCUGGAUAAUGACUUUGACCAGUCCUCAUCAUUCAACUUACCAAGCGCUCCGCCUAAUUUAUCGGAGCAAACACCCUUACUGCAACAGGACAUCCGUAAAAGAGAUCAGAAUGAUCCAGUUCCUAUCAAUGGGCAACAAGAUGUAGAAGGACAAUAUCCCACGCAUCAACGUCACUGGUCAAAGAUUUCUCACCUGAUAGAAAGUUCCAAGAUCGAAAAAUUUCAAAGAUUUCGGCUUAUCGGCAGGCCUAAAUCUUGGGAUUUUGAAUCUUCAUGGCUUAAAAGCAUUCAAAAACCAGCACAAGUUUUACCAGCUGUUACACUAGGUCUCCUCCUCAAUAUUUUGGAUGCCUUGUCCUAUGGCAUGAUACUUUUUCCUCGUGGCCUUGCUCCAUUUUCAAAGCUUGGCCCUGCAGGAAUAUCUAUGUUCUAUGUGAGCUGCAUUGUGUCUCAACUUGUAUUUUCAUGUGGCGGCAGUGGAUUUAAGGGAGGAGUCGGUUCAGAAAUGAUUGAGGUUGUUCCUUUCUUUCACUCAAUGGCGCAACUCAUUCUAGACGACAUGGGGGACAGCAAUCCCUCUGCUGUCGUUGCGACUACACUUGUAGCCUACGCCUCUAGUUCUAUUUUAACCGGAGUAGUUUUUUUUCUUAUCGGGCACUUCAGUCUCGGUCAUAUUGUUGGCUUCAUUCCUCGCCAUAUCCUCAUCGGAUCGAUUGGUGGGGUGGGCUGGUUCUUGUUGAAUACUGGUCUAGAAGUGACUGCACAUCUAGAAACAAUGGAGUACAAAAUAGCGACUCUACAAAAAUUGCUGGAUCCUGAAACCUUUCUACUGUGGCUUAUUCCACUUUCGCUUGCCAUCUUUCAAAUUUUCACCGAUAAAAAGCUGAACUUCAAGUAUUAUCUUCCUGCGUUUGUGAUGCUUAUCCCGGUAAUAUUUCACACUGUUGUCGCAUCAUUCAGUAAGCUAGAUAUUCCUAAUCUACGUAGUACAGGCUGGAUCUUUAAUGGGUCUCACGGGGAACCAUGGUGGCACUUUUACACGCUCUACAACUUUAGUCUUGUGAAUUGGGGCUCAGUAUUGAAAUGUGUCCCCGCGAUGUUUGCACUAACAUUCUUCGGCAUACUUCAUGUACCAAUCAAUGUCCCAUCACUUGCUUUUGUCAUAAGAGAAGAUAAUUUUGAUAUCGAUCGAGAAUUGCUAGCACAUGGAGCUUCGAAUAUGAUUUCAGGGCUUCUUGGUAGCGUCCAAAAUUACCUUGUUUACACAAAUAGUGUAAUCUUCAUCAAGACUGGUGGUGGCUCUCGUCUUGCUGGUAUUCUUCUUGCACUGACCACUGGCAUGUUUAUGAUGACUGGAUCAUCAAUCAUUGGCUACAUACCUGUUAUGAUGGUUGGAGUGUUGAUUUUCAUUUUAGGGAUUGACUUGCUUAGGGAAGCCUUAUGGGAGCCUAGAAAGAAGCUGAAAAUCCCAGAAUACAUUACGGUCUUGGUGAUUGUAAUUGUCAUGGGAGUCUACGAUUUUGUGGCUGGUAUAUUUGUCGGUAUUGGUCUCGCAUUUUUGUCUCUGGUUUUUCAAACUUCCCGACUAUCAGCAAUACGAGCAAUAUACUCUGGUGAAGUUGCUGGCUCAACCGUUCGCAGGAAUCCUGCUCAAUCCUGGUAUCUAAAAAACGUAGGGAAACAGAUCCAAGUUUUCAGGCUCACUGGAUAUCUUUUCUUUGGCACAAUUGCCAGUUUUGAGAAAAAAGUCUGUAGCAUGAUUGAAAGUGCUAUUUCGAGUGAACAACCAUUUCGAUUCGUUAUUUUUGAUUUUUUUCUAGUUACAGGGAUUGACUAUUCUUCCGCUGAAGUAUUUGGUCGUCUCAAUCGAAAUAUGUCUAAAAAAGGUAUAUGCCUGAUACUGAGCGGCUUCAGUGGCCGUGAAGAGCUACAGUCAACACUAGAAUCUGUUGGGAUCAAUCAAAGCAGCGGCGUCAAAAUGUUUAAGGAUUUAAAUUCUGCACUUGAGGAUUGUGAGAAUGAACUUCUCAAAACAUUCUAUGCAAGCCAAGAAUCACGGAACCAACAAACGAUGUUAGUCAGGAGCCUGGAUGUUCCUAAACUUCCAAUUUCGCAUCUGCACGCGUUAGUUGGCUCUUAUGGCUCACCACGGCGUAGUCAAUUGCGUCGAGCUGCUGCAAUAACUUUGGACGAAUGUCCAGGUGUAGCAAAACAUCUUCACUUGAAAGAGCCUCUCCGGCUUAUUCUUCAAAUAUUUUCAAUAUUGACAGAUAAAAACGAGGAUUUUUGGCUUCGUGCUGCUCCAUACUUCAGUCAAAUCCAUUUCCUAUCAGGCACUGUAAUUUUCCGGAGAGGUGAUCCAGCCGAGGGAUUCUAUCUUCUUCAAAAAGGUAUUAUGCGUGCCGACUAUGACUUACCACAGGGGCAUUUUAGCGAAAGCAUAGUCGCCGGCACAACCUGUGGUGAGCUACCUUUCUUCUCUGGAACAGUCCGCACAGCAACAGUAGUUGCAGACUGCGAUUGUAUAGCUUGGGUCAUGGACUGUGAGAGCUGGGCUGAGAUGCAAAGGACUGAACCGGACGUCGCACAAGAAGUUUUACGGGUUGGUUUAAAAUUAACUUCGGAGCGGAUGAACACUAUUACAAAUUAUUUCCUUACAACAGCAAGUUAG